CCAAAACAUCCCCCACCACAGAGACUUUAUUUUCAUUUCUCCGCAACCCCAACAAUGGCUCCGCAAGAAGAGAAGCCUGCCGCUGCGCCAGUCGCGACGAACGAGCAAACUCUCCCUGAACGUCCCAAGGAGGAGGAUGCUGCCAAAGGCCCUUCUAAGUCUGCCUUGAAGAAAGCUGCAAAGGAGAAGGAAAAGGCCGAGAAGGCCGCCAAGCGCAAGGCAGAGGAGGAGAAGCAGAAGCAGCAACAGGAGGCCAAUGACAUCUCUAAGGAUGACUACGGCGACCUUCCAAUGCUCGGAUCCGAAGUCGUCAAGCCCAGCGGUCUCAAGCGCGUUCACCUGCACAACCUCACCGAGCAAGAAGCCGACCAGACUAUUGUUUUUCGUGCGACUGUCCACAAUGCCCGUGUUCAGUCCGCCAAGCUGGCUUUCCUCGUACUGGGCCAGCGUCUCCAGACAAUCCAGGCUGUCGUCGCUGCGAGCGAGACUCUUUCGCGGCAAAUGGUGAAGUGGGCCGGUGGAAUCAACGCCGAGUCGACUGUGCUUGUGCACGGUCUGGUCAAGAAGCCCCUCGAGCCCGUUAAGUCGACUACCAUCUCGAACCUUGAAAUCCACAUCCGAAAGAUUUACACCAUUGCAAAGGCCGAGCCCCAGCUGCCUAUGCAGGUCGAGGAUGCUGAGAGACCUCUGCCGGCUGAGGGCGCCGAAGCUCAACAGCAGGAGGACGACGGACGACCGAUUGUGAAGCUUGACACCCGACUUAAUAACCGUACCAUUGACUUGCGAGGCAUGCACAAUCAGGCCAUCUUCACCAUCAAGGAUGGUGUUUGUGCUUUGUUCUCUGAAUACCUGCGCGACCACGGCUUCGUCGGCGUGCAAACCCCCAAGCUCAUUGGAGGCGCCUCGGAAAGUGGUGCUAGUGUUUUUGAGGUCAAAUACUUUAACCAGAAGGCUUUCUUGGCUCAGAGCCCUCAAUUGCACAAGCAGAUGCUCAUUGCCUCUCGUUUCGAGAAGGUCUUCGAAAUCUGCCCCGUCUUCCGAGCCGAGAACAGCAACACUGCUCGUCACUUGACUGAGUUCACUGGUCUUGAUCUUGAGACAACUUUUGAGGAAGACUACCACGAAGUUGUGGAGCUUCUGGAGAACUUGUUGCUUCACAUUUUCAAGGGCUUGAAGGCCAAGUAUGCUCGCGAGACUGCGCUUGUACGCAGCAUCUACCACGUCGACGAGUUCAAGCUGCCCGAGGCCGGACAGGUGCCUCGUCUCAGCUUCGCCGAGGGUGUCAAGAUGCUUCGUGAGGCUGGUGUUGACGUCAAUGAGAACGACGACCUGAGCACCCCUGACGAGAAGUUCCUCGGUAAGCUCGUGCUGGAGAAGUACGGCACCGACUUCUACGUCCUCGACCAAUUCCCUCUUGGUGUCCGUCCGUUUUACACCAUGCCCUCGCCUCAGGACCCUACCAAGUCCAACUCAUACGACUUCUUCAUGCGCGGACAGGAGAUUCUGUCUGGUGCUCAGCGUGUGCACGAUGCUGAAUUCCUCAAGAAGCGCAUGUUGGCGCUUGACCCGCCCGUCAACCCUGAAGGUCCCGGUAUUAAGGAGUACGUCGAUUCGUUCCGGUACGGCUGCCCGCCUCAUGCCGGUGCUGGUAUGGGUCUGGAGCGUAUUGUCAUGCUGUGGUUGGGCCUUCCCAACAUUCGUCUCGCUCAGUUGUUCCCCAGAGACCCUAAUCGUCUGGCGCCUUAAACUGCUAGCAUUCUUUGCAAGCAAAAGUUUUGGAGCGUUUUACUGUUAAUGGCAUUACGUCCAUGAAUAUACUAGAGAAAGAUUCUAUAACGAUGACGUUAGAUUAAAUGAUGACCAU